AUGAUCAUUACAACAUGGAUGGUGUACAUCUUUGCACGGAAAAGUGUAGGGCUGCCCUUCCCACCAAAGAUGAACUCGGACAUUGAAGUUGUAGAGAGUGAAGCCGUAUCUGUAGUACAGCACUGGUUGAAUAAAACAGAGGAAGAGGCUUCCCGAAACAUAAAGGAGAAGAUGUCCACCAAUGCCUCUCCCACUCAUGGCCAAGACAUACAUGUGACUAGAGAUGUGGUGAAGCACCAUCUCUCAAAGUCUGAUAUGUCAGAAAACUCGAAUCAGGUCCUGGAGGAAAGAACAAGAAUCCAGUUCAUAAGAUGGAGCCACACCCGUAUCUUCCAAGUACCAAGUGAUAUGAUAGAUGAUGUCAUGCAGGACCGAAUAGAGCAGGUCAGACGAAGCAUAUCCCAGCUCAGGUGUGACUCAGAUCAGGACCCAAACUUCAGAUGUUCCUGCUAAGAAUGCUAAGGUUGAAGGCUUCCAGGGUCCAGCCUGUGUCCAAA